AUGGCGAGGCGCCCUCCGCUCAGGGCUACCGUGGCGUUGCCGAUCCAAAGUGCCCCCGAGGAGCACAUUCGCCUCUGCCUGGACGCACGCCCACCCUCCUCUGCGGGAGUUACUCAGUCGUUACUCAUUGUGCCGCUCAAGCAGACACACGCGUGGAGCGAGGCGGAGGGCCAUCGCCACGUUUAUGCGUUCCGGCUUGUCGCCGGGUCUUCCCCCAACGCUACGGAGCCGGAGCGGCGCGGGGACCCCGGCCAGCGGGAGCCCGAGGCCCGCGAGGGUGAGGCCGUGUCGGGUCCCGAUUACGAGGAGGAUGAGGAGUAUGAGGAGACGCUGCCCGUCCACCAGUACAUCGUGGACGACUUGAUCCGAGUUGAACCUGUGGUUAAACCCAAGCCAACAAAGAGGGGGGGUGAGAAGAAUGCUGGCAAAUCAAGAAGGAAGAAAAACAAAGGGAAAAACAAAAAGAAAGGGACUCCUUGUGAAUUGGAAUACAAAAACUUUUGCAUCCAUGGUGAAUGCAUAUACCUAGAACAUCUCCAGAUGGUGACCUGCAAGUGUCAUCAGGAUUUUUUUGGUGAGCGCUGUGGUGAACAGUUCAUGAAGACUCAAAGGAAGAAUGAUGUGGCAGACUACUCGAAGACUGUGUUGGUAGUGGUCGCUGUCCUGCUCUCAAGCAUCAGCUUCAUUACUGUACUUAUCAUUGUGAUAGUGCAGGUCAGGAAAAAGUGUCCUCAGUAUGAAGAGAAAGAAGAAAGGAAAAAACUUCGACAAGAAAACAGAAAUGGCCAUGUUGGUGUGUAA